AUUAUUGUCUCUCUAAUCCGUUUUCUUAGUAUUCUGUAACUCAGCCACUAGGAUUUUCUUCGUGAUUAGCUUCUGGUGAUACCCUAUCAAAAUCUGACUGCGGACAUCGCUGCUAUUCGCAUACGGGUCAAUUGAAAUUGGGUCGUUCGUCUUGCCGCUUACUCCAUCAUCAACCAGCGCCGAUUCACAUCAUGGCUGAACCAGAGGACGUUGAGGAGGAUCUUUUCGCCGAUCUGUACGAUGCAGAUGAGACAGGAAAUCAAGCAGCUUCAACUGGUGGAGCUCCGGCGGCUUCCAACUCCGCACCGUCAGAUGCGCCUGCACAACCUUCAGCCACUUCCGCCAUUCAAUCAGUUGAAGGCGUUGGCAAUGAGUCCGAAACCACGCAUGGCACCUACCAAACCCCUACAUAUGAAGGAGGCUAUCAAAAUGGAUCUGGCCCCGACUCCGGAUAUAACAACCAAACUACUGGUCCAGUCGGAGAGCCGGAGCCGCAGGGAACAGGCAUCAAGGAAGACGGAAAAAUGUUUAUUGGAGGGUUAAACUGGGAGACAACAGAUCAAUCUCUAAAGGAGUACUUCUCGCAGUUCGGAGAAGUACAGGAAUGUACCGUCAUGCGUGACAGUGCUACUGGUCGGUCUAGAGGAUUCGGAUUUUUGACUUUCAAAGACCCCAAGACUGUGAAUACUGUUAUGGUCAAAGAGCACUACCUUGACGGAAAGAUUAUUGACCCGAAGCGCGCUAUUCCACGUGAUGAGCAGGAGAAGACAAGUAAGAUCUUCGUUGGUGGCGUCAGUCAAGAGGCUACCGAGCAGGAUUUCAAACAAUUCUUUAUGCAAUUUGGUCGUGUGAUUGAUGCGACUUUGAUGAUUGACAAGGAUACCGGGCGCCCUCGUGGGUUUGGCUUUGUGACAUUUGAUAGUGAAGCCGCCGUCGAAGCAGCUCUUUCGCGCCCUCUCGAGAUUCUUGGUAAAACUAUCGAGGUAAAGAAAGCUCAGCCAAGGGGUAACCUACGCGACGACGGAGAUCGUGGGCGUCGCGGUAGAGACUUUAGGGAUGGCAGUCAAGGUGGCUCAGAUGGUUCCCAGCAGCAAGCAGGGGCCCAGGGGCAAGGUGUCAUGCCCGGCGGGCUCACUCCUCAAAUGAUGGCGCAGUAUUGGCAACGCAUGCAGCAGUACUUUGCUUUGAUGCAACAGCAAAUGGCAGUAGCCGCCACACAGGGCCAAGGAAUGGGCGCUAUGGGAAUGGCUGGAAUGAAUCCUGCUCUUAUGCAGCAAAUGCAGAUGAAGCAACUACAACAGAUGCAAAUGGGAAAUAAUCAGCAGUCGCCGAGCAUGAGUCCUCCUGCUCAGAGCCCGACCCCGCAGUCAAUGCAGAAUAUGAUGAACCCUGCCAUGAUGCAGCAGAUGCAACAGCAAAUGCCAAAUCAAGGACAAGCAAAUAACAUGGGGGGGCAAAUGGGAAUGGGUGGAAAUGGCAGUGGAAACAUGAACAUGGGGAGUAACUAUGCUGGAGGAGGCAGAGGGGGUCCCGGUUACAAUGCUCACGAACAAAUUGCAUUUGAGCAACAGAAAUAUGAGCAACAGCAAGCUCGCAGAGCAAUGGAAAACCGGGCCUUCUCACCCUAUCAGCAAGGUGGUCCGACAUCAUGGGAAGGCAUGUACGAUGAGGUGCCCCAGCCAAAUAUUCCCACAGGUCCCCAGGCCAUGAAUCGAUCCAGUAGUGUGGGACGUGGUCAAACACCGCAGCCGCAAGGCGCUGCACCUGCAAACGCGCCGACAGGACCUAAGAAUGCUGGGAAGCCUGGCGCAAAUUACCGUGGUGGAGGACGUGGCGGCCACCGAGGCUUUCAUCCCUAUGCGCGAGGAUAG